AUGUUUCAUGCUACAACUCAUUAUAGCUUCAAAAAGCACUCAUUUAUGAAAAUUUGUUUGUUUCAGAGAGCUACCUUGGCGGAAAAGGAGGUGACAACUCUAAAAGAGCAGUUAGCGACAACAAGCCCCACUCCUCUUCAAGCCGCCGUACCAAAGACCAAUGGGUCGAUAGAACCCGCAAGAGAAUCAGAGACUAGAAUACCAGACUACAGCCCAGAUAUCAAAGAAGAGAAAAGAAGAUCCCCAGACAUUGAUGAGGAUAUAGAACAGAAGAUAGAAAUGGCGGCAACUGCGAGGAGUAACAACAAUUCAUCCAGGAGCAGUCCAGUUGUCAAUCAGACGAAUAAUCUGGAGAACGAAUUAGCCGCUAAGGAAAAAGAGGUAACUUAA